CGUCCACCGCGUCGCCGCACAUUAUGCUCCAGCCCUUUUGAAUCGUCACCGCGAUAGUCCCGAGAAAUGGCGGUACCAGUUGCGCGUAUGCGACUCACCGUCGAAGUACUCCCACUUGAGGCAGCGAACGCCCAUGGGCCCUACCGAGCGCAGGCUAUCGCCGCAUUUAAAGGACGCAAGUUUGCCCUGCCCGUGCAAUUAGAGGAUACCUUCGAACGAGUAUGGGGCCAAAUCGAGCAGCGAUACAAGACGAACUAUCUCGACGCCCAACAGGCUGCGGCAUUCACCAUCAAGAAGCUUCAAGAUGCCUACGAUUGCGAUCUCGACUUGGGCGACACGGUCAGCUCCAUUUUCGAGGGCGAGCCGGAUCCCACAAUGCGCAUGAUCAAGGUCGUACCUUCCUUCAUCAACCGCGACUUUUCGGUGCCCGUUACGUCAAAUCUGCGUCCCGGUUACGCCCAGAAACGAGUACGGGAAAUCAAUGAGGAGCUUGCAAACAAAAGAAGAAGAGUGGAGCAGCAGCAGCUGGGGGAUAUACAGGAGGUUGAUCCUUCGCGCGACCAGCCCAUGCCGACCACCGAGUCGGAGCGCAGUGGUGACGACGGUGCGGAACAAAGUGGACAUCGCUCGAGGUCGCGAACAGGAACAUCACUGGUUGUUGUGAAGGACACUCACACAGGGCAUGCUGAGUUUGGACCAGGUAUCAAGGAAGAGUCGCCGGAACUAGGUCUUCCUAUUACCCAGAAAGCUCCCAGCACUGCGUCGGUAGAAACCACCUUCACGAAGCCGCCAGUGCCCAUUUCGAAGAAAUCGCCCCGCAAACGAAAAUCAGCCAAGUCGCGAUCGCGAACGCCUCGCGUGCCCCCUGUGAUGAUUCCUGAGGAACAGGUCGAGAAUGGGGUGCCGGAACUUGAUGACGCUGCCACACAAAAUGUGCCCGUACAGGGAAAAGUCGCACAGAAUACGCACAGAAUCACAGCGUCGCCUAAACUAGGCUCUCCUGAGACAGCUCUACACCCAUCCCCGAAGCCCAUUCCUGGACCUUCACAAGAAACCCCAUCUUCUGCAGCGGUAAAGCGUAAAGAUGUAUACGAUGUACCAAGUUCACCAGAAUUCCUGAAAAACAAAUCGAAGCCCAAGUCAAAGCAGACGUACGCUAAAUCCCCACGCGCUGCGAAUACCAUUCAAAAAGAAAACGGUGUUCAAACACCUGAGAGAACUCCAUUGGCGAAACCAGCUCGACCAGGCAGCCUCAAGAAGCCUUCCAGGAAUGCACAUCUUGAGCAGCCAAAUGGUAAUAGCAGCAGGACGAGAAUCGCUUCUCCAGCUCCAGUGUUAGUACCUAAGCGACGCGGGCGCUCAGCGAAAAGUACCCUUAACAACUCUUCGCAAACCCCAGACGCAACACCAGUGGUCGAACCCGCCACAAAACAGGAAGCAGUCCAGUUUGUUUCUCAAUCAACCUCCAGCAAGUCGAGCUCUACGAGUGCUGCUAACUCGACAAGAUCGUCACCUGCUAUCACACGCCGACCAGCGCGUUUCCUCAGCCACUCGCCCACUCCGGAGGCAUCAGAUAGUGGUGAUGAGUCUGACGGAAUAUCGGCAGCAGCAUCGAAGGCUACAACGCCUCCACUGCCAGAGGAAAAUAGUAACGAAAUUGAAAGCGAUUCUUCAUCAGACAGCGAUGAAUCUGGCGCUGAAGACGAGGACAUAGAGAUGCCAGACGUCCCAGCGCAGGCCGAACCGCAGUUUACAGCGGUGGACGAAAGCGCCGUGCCCUCCUCCCCACCCCGUCUCGCGAUUGUUCCAAAUUCGACGCCGUUGGUCCCAGAAACCAGCCAACCCACCACCUCGCAACUCAAUCCAUCCACUAUUCGUAGAACGCCUGUUCCUCUUCCCCCUCCAUCACAACUACGUUCGUCACAAUCUGUUUCUGUACAUGCUGCAGCCCGGCGACCCGCCACACGCUAUGCUGGCUUUAGAACGCUAAGGGAACAACUCGCGGACGCACAAAAAACGCCUACGGCCACGCAGACUAAGGCGUAUGAUCCGAGAACGAUGAGUUUGGGAAAGUUGGCUGCUAAGGCGAAGGGGAGGAGCAAAGGAUUUGUAGGAGUAGGAAAUAAUGACGGGAGUAGUGAGGAGGAUAGUAGUAGUAGCAGCAGUGAUAGCGACUAG